AUGCGCGCAUCACAAAUCCUCCGCGGCGGCGGCGGCGAGAAGAGACCAGGACAAUACUUGGGCCCAUGGGGUGCUCUAGGCUCCAUGCCACAAAAGGGAAUCGUACACUACGGCCUUGCGCAGAACCGACAGAACCCACUUGCAGGCACUGCUUCCGCCGCCGUUUUCAACACCUUCCGCCGCACCCGUGGCCAGAUUUUGUAUUGGGCAGUGCCCCUUCUCAUCGGAUACCAGACCAUGCAGUGGGCGAUAGAGAGGAACGAGUAUUUGAACUCAAAGGCUGGUCGCGCAGAGUUCGGCGACGAGGUUUAA